AUGGGCGGUUGGAACGUUAUAAUGAUAGGAUUUGGUGCUGCAAUUUUCAUCGCACUUUCUUAUAUUUUGGUUCCAAAAGGACCAAAUCAGACGUGGGCAAUUACCUAUUUAGCUCAACUUCAUCCUUUAAUAACCCCUAAAUCAACUGGAGGAAUUCAUGAAGGACUUAAGUUUGAUACGCUUUAG